UCAUGCGUGAGAGGGAACACCCAUGCUGUGAACAAAAUUCCAAGACAGAUCAUCAAGAAGGUAUCUUCUAGGCAGACCGAAGAUAAGAUUGAGCAAAAAUGAUGACAUAAUAAAAUCAAACACAAUGAAGACCAAAGUGGAAGCUAGACUGUUCUGAAGGCUGAGUCGGAAGACUGUUGAUUCAAGUGUGGGUUAUCAGUGACUCCUCCGUGUGCUUAUCAUGUGAUGAUGACAGAAUGAGCUGAUUGGCUAAGAAUGCAGACGGCCGCGUAUAAGCAUCAGGCAUCUGCGUGAGUUACUUGUCAGUUAGCAAUGGAGCGUCUACAGAUCACCACGAUUGGUACGGGACAAAACACCACAGAUGUAGCGUUGACGGGAGGUGAAUUCGCUGACGACGUUGAAAGGCGCCAUGUCUUCGGGACAGUCCUAUCUGCCGUCUUUUUGUUGAUCAUAAUUGUCCUGUCCAUUCUUGGGAACAUAGCUGUGAUCAUGGCCGUGCUGAAGACCCCUCGAUUGCGAGAGAAAACAUCCAGUAUAUUUCUGAUUAACUUAAGCAUGACGGAUCUGUCCAAUGCAACUUUGGUCAUGCCUAGCACUCUGGUGUCACUCAUUGCAGGCCAGUGGCCAUUUGGGAUGUUUUGGUGCUACGCCCAAUGUGCCUUCAACUACUGGUUUAUCAUCGUAUCCAUGUUGACUCUUGCCAUGAUCAGCAUUGACGGGUUUUACGCUGUCAUUCACCCGCUGCAUUACAUGAACAUAAUCACGCCAAAAGUGACCAAAAUCGGCAUCUGCUACGCGUGGUUCCAGGGGUGUGUGUUUGCGCUGAUUCCAGCCAUCUACCGCUGGGUCGUCUACGAUUACUGGGAGGUGGUGUGCGCCAUCGAUUGGGACAGCUACAGUCAGGACGGGGCGCUGACGUACGUCAUCGUGGCAUUUGUUGUAUGCUUUCUGAUUCCUGGCAUUGUGAUGACCUAUUGCUACACGAGGAUUUGCCGUGUUGCGAGGCAGAAGGCAGCGGCGGCACCGGCGGAGCGCGGCGGGAAAAACGCCCGUAAACUCAUCAACGACAAGCGGGUAAUUCAGAGCUUGGCCCUGAUCGUGGCUAUCUUCUUCCUCUGCAUGACGCCUUUCUGUGUCACCAAACUCAUCAAGAUCUUCACCAGCACCAGUGCCUUGCCGCCCUAUCUCUAUCUGGUGUCCUCCUGGUUCGGCUAUCUCGCCAGCGCCACUAACCCCUUCGUCUACGCCAUAUUUCGGCGGGACUUUCGCCGGGCGUUUGCCAAUCUCUUCUGCCGGGGUCGGAUAUUCCCAGGGUUUGCCACGUCAUCCCAAGACGCUACCAUCCGCAUGAGCAAUACGGAGCACAGAAGGCGAACACAGGUCCAAAACAAUGAUACCAACACGGUGACACAACUUACAGAGCGAAUUGAAUUUCAGUCAUAGCACCUUCUUACACCAUGCCUGCAUGGGGCAAGCAAGAUAAUGGUCCACAUUUUAUCUACCACUGACGAUUAUACUGGAUGGGAAUUUGGCCACACCAAAAAUAUAUAUAAAAACAAGCCUACGUUCUACUAUAGACAGAUCACUUUGAUGCUACAUCAUGCACUGACAAGAACAAUAGUUCUCAAUGUUCCCGUAACCGUAAUACCUUUUGUUGUUUUCCUUCUUUGUUUGACUCAAUGUACAGCUAACUGUUAGAAGACACGUCACAAUGCACCAAAUUGCCUUUUUUGAAAGGUGUUUCUGCCGAUCAAUUUUCAAAACAAUGCGUUGGUAAUUUGGUGAUUUAGUUAUCGUGAACGUACAUGUAUGGCUUUACAAUAGAGGACAGACACACAAAGGGAGACUGAACAAAAGAUCCCUUCGAUCCUCGAGCUUUGUGCAUGCUUUUGUUGAAAACGGUCCUCCUAUUCUUCUAUACGCUGUGUCUGAUCUGUUGGCCUCAUGGCGUGGUGCACGUAUCAAUAUUCACAGUUUUGUGCCAUGUGUCUGCGCAUCGGUUGAGCGAGUUUUAAUAACAAUCUAAUGUCACAAAGUGUUUAUGUCAUCGUUCUGUUACAACUGGAGGACGUAACAUCCGAACCAAUGUCGCACUAUCCAUUUAGUUUUAAGUAAGCUCCCAAACUUCCAUAUAUUUGGUAUGUUUGUUUGUUUAUUAAGACACAAUCGUAAACGUAAUAACUCAGGCGUAAACAUUAUGGAAAAUUCAUGUAUUUGGAUAUCAUUUGUGAAUUAUGUGACACUUACCUUAGUAAGCUUUUGUAACUUCGAAAACCAAAGAUUCCAUGUGGAUGCACAAAAUGAAUUCUACACUAUUGCAUAAUAUUGUCUUGAAAUGUCUUUGCUGCUUAAUCGUUUGAAGAAUAAAAAUGCGACACUCUUUUUAAUUCAAGUUUUUUCACGAGUAACUUUUUUACAACGCCCAUACUAUUUCCAAA